AUGUCCAUCCGGAGCCAAGGUUCAGUCCAGACCUUCAUCACAGCUGUUCCUGAAUCUCAGCAGCGGGACCUCCCCCAGGCGCCCUGCACCCGAACAACGGCAUCCCGCUCUUUGGCCGUGCUGGAGCUGGACAUCCGGAGGCAGCCCCUGUCCAACUGGCUCCAGCUGCUGCUGUCCUACGGGCAGGCCAAGGGGUCAUCUGGGCAGGCAGACCGAGGCCCCCGAGUGUCCUCUGGGGCCUCUCAAAACUGCUUGAGCAAGCGGCGAGUCGCAGCCGCCAUCCGACAGAUGCAGAAGCUGCUCUUGGCUCACGAGGAGGCCCAGGCGCGGAGCCUGCGCAGCCUGAAGAAGCAGCUUGCUCUCCUGCCAGGCGGUGCCCAGAAGCAGCUGGCCAAGCGGAACGAGAGUUGCAUCCUCCCGUCCGCACCCUCCAACGGCAGGAGGCUGGGCAGGAGAACGGCUGUGGGGAACGAGGUCCACUUCGUCUGCAACCCUGGCUUCUCGCUGAUUGGCCCCGAGACACGGGUGUGCCUGGAGGACGGGACCUGGAGCGGACGACAAGCACUCUGCAAAAGCAUCAAGGAUUGUGCCAGCCAGCCCUGUGCCAAUGGAGGGACCUGCGUGGAUGGUGUUCACCGCUUCAGCUGCUUGUGCCCCAGCGGCUGGUCAGGGGGCACUUGCCAGGCCCCAGUUUAUUCCUGUAAUGGGGGCUGUAAAAAGCCUGUGCAGCGAGGAGACCCUGGAGGCCCCGUCUCCUCCCCGCCCCAUGCUCUGCUCAUUUGUCACGGUAAAGUCCACGCUUACGGUGGCCUCUUGACCACAGAUGGGGCAGCCGUGAGGAACACAACGUUCAGCCGUCAACCCCACUGUGCGGAGAAUCCUGGGGGCUCACGCCAGUGCAGCUGUGAUGCUGGCUUCCAGUUGAUGGGGGGAGGCAUGUGUCAAGAUGUGGAUGAAUGCCAGCUGUUCCAGUCCAACUACCAUACCCGCAUCUGCCUCCACGAAUGUGUGAACCUACCUGGGUCUUACCAGUGCACCUGCCCGGACGGCUAUCGGUUUCAGGCUGAGCAGAACAUAUGCAGUGAUGUGGAUGAAUGUGUCGGGAACCAACACGACUGCAGCCGUGGACAGACCUGCGUCAAUACCUUUGGUGGCUUCCGCUGCGUGAAGCCUGAAUGCCCCAAGUCCCAGUUCAACACCACCUACGUCAAGACGUCGGCCUUGCAGUGUGAACGGAGCCCUUGCCCCAUGGGCAGCCAAGCCUGUCAGAAAGCUGCUCACGCCAUCUCGUUCCACUACCUGCCCCUCCAGUCCAACCGCACCGUGCCCCGGGUCCUUUUCAAGAUGUCCACCAGCCACUCUCUGGGGGACAGCCUGCGCUUUGCCCUCCUGGGGGGCAACAGCCAGGGGAAGCUUUCGGUGCAGCGCUCCGACCAGCACACGGGGGAACUGGUGCUCACCCACCCAGCCCUGGGACCAACAACCAUGGAGGCCGAGGUGGAAAUGACUGAAUUUGCACAGAAGAUCCUUCUAGGGAAGCACAUCUUCAAGGUCACAGUGUUGGUUUCCCAAUAUGAAUUCUGAGCCCCUGUGGAAUCCCAUCAGGCAGGCCUUGGGGAACGUCAGGAACAUAUGUUGCAGGAACCUUUAGGGUGUAGCUCUACCCGCAAGAGGGAGUUGGACUAGAAGACUCCAAGGUCCCUUCCAACUCUAUGAUUCUACCCGGAAUGGGC